UCCGAAAAGUUACAGAAAGAUCGUUCUGGCUGUUCACACAUCGAAAUAAAAUUUCUCUUUCUCAAUUUGACAGCGAAUUGCUUGCGAAAGACGGAAAUAUUGCCAGGCUCUUAUAGAGUGGUUAUUGAAAUCCUGUUGCACAGAUUUUCGUGCCGAUUGUUUCUGACACUAUCACGACUGAUAUCUCCAAAAGCAUGGCUUUCAAGCCUAUAGAUCCAAAACGCGAUGAGUUUCGACGCUAUCUCGAAAGAUCCGGUGUCAUAGAAGCCUUGACGAAAGUAUUUGUUCGGAUCGUAAAAGAACGCCCAGAAAAUCCACUUGAGUAUUUGCGCUAUAACUUGGGCGACUCUCUACAUCAAGCAGAUAGUAUGGUUUAUUUGCAAAGUGAACUUGAAGAAGCGCGUAGUGAAAUUCAACGACUUCGGGGCAUGAUCGAAAGCGUCAACCCAGAUGCACUGAACAAGCAGCAACAACCACGGGAUGAGGUUGGGAAAAACGAUGAGGAAACAACUUUGGAAAAUCGAGAAAAGUCUAUAGUUUCAAUAUCAAAACCACGGGAAAAGUCUCAAUCAGUAGAAGCGACUGUGUGCGAAGCCCCGUUGGGAAAAGAUAGUAUUCAGCCCGAAGAUCAGGAUACAAAUUUAGAAACACCUGGGGAUACCAUUAAUGGUAAUAAUCCUUUGCCAGCAAAUGCAGCACAAGUCGUAGACAAUAGCUCUUGAAAUAAUUAACCCGUCCAUAAUGUUUAAGCUUAUGUACGAAAAAGUACCUAGCUGAGUUCCUUAUUCCUAAAGAAAGUACUAUAUGUAUACAUUCAUUAUACCAAUCUUAAUAAAGUGAUAUGUGAAGUUAUCAUACAUCAUAUCGAAUCGAUGCCGAGCCAAAA